AUGCCCCCUCCUCAUCCCAUCACGCUAAACUCCCAAGUUCAGCAGCCCGCUGGCCCCCUGAACCCAGCCAUCGGAAACAAAUGGCCCGGCCGUCAUCCUGUGACCCAUAUAGAGAGGGACUGGGUGGCGUCCGAGGCGCCAGAUGUGGGCAGGUGUUGCCAGCUCCGUUUUAUUUCCCCUCUGAGCAGGUGGUGGGAGCCAGGGGGCGAGGACGCGGUGCCCGAGGGAAGUGCGGCGUUGAUGCGAGCGGACAGGGCGUCACCGCAGAGCGCAGCAGUCACCCGGGCCCACUGUCACUUCCUCUGUACUCACGAGCAAACGGCUCGCCUCCGCCACGGCGGAGGUACCCCUCCAUCACUCCGGUUUGAGUGGAAGCUGGAGAUCCAGGAGUUCUGCCCAAACACCAAGAUGCUGCUGGUAGGAUGCAAGUCCGACCUGCGCACUGACCUUAACACUUUGGUGGAACUGUCCAACCACAGGCAAACGCCCGUCUCUUAUGACCAGGGCUCCAGCAUGGCCAAGCAGAUCUCGGCACCCUACAUCGAAUGCUCGGCUCAGCAGUCGGAGAACAGCGUCAGAGACAUUUUCCACGUUGCCACGCUGGCCUGCGUCAACAAGAGCGGCAAGAAUGUCAAGCGGGGCAAGGCCGCCCGGACCCCCAAGAGGAUCUCGCACAUGCCCAGUCGGCCUGAUCUCGUGGGCGUGGCCUCAGAACUGCGGAAGGACAAAGCCAAAAGUUGCUCGGUCAUGUGACUUUAUCAGACCCGACCUGAGGCGUGUCAGACUGAGGGUGAGGGUGAGGAGGGUGGACGAUAGCUGGACCCUCGUCGGCUCCGAAACAUGCUUUGUUUCGUAUACAGCAAAUAUUGCAGGAAUAUGCUUGCGCCGAUGAAACUAGUCUCUUAAUAUGUAGUACUUUCUCAAUCCCUUCGCUGCCCCGCCCCGCCACUGCCACCCCCCCCUCCCCCGAUCCCGACAAUAGGACCAGAAGAGGAAGCUAAUCUGUCAGCUGGGCAGCCACCGGCCCCUGGAAGUGAUGCGUUUCCCGCCCAGAGGAUGAGGUGGAAGCGGUCGAAGCUUUCUGCACAGGCAGGGAACAGGAAAUGAGCCAGGGAAGUGAUGUGAGAGGGGAGCGGUCAGUUUGUAAAAGGAAGUGUAUGACAGGAUGUGAUUAUUUGAAUGUGAGCCAAAACUGGGGGUCGGGGCUGGAGGCAGGGUCGGGGUCGGGCGGAGGUGACGGGGAUUCCAUGAGUCACUCUGACUCGGACACGAUCUUGGCUUAGAAGUGGAUUCAUGUCACCGUGUAACUGUACAGUACCAGCUCGCAGUAGGAACUUGCUAGUCAGGCACAAUGGAAAACUCACCAUCAUGUGUUGUUGCCCCCCUGUGCUGCUCAGUCGCUUGCACGUACACCUUGAGCAUGGCCUUCAUACUGCCGGGGUUAGGGGUUUGUUUCCCACUAGGGCCACCCAUACCGUAAUGUGAUGCAGUAAUUUCACUAUAAAGCGCUUUGCGGCCUGAAUGCUUCGUAUUGGCAACACGAAAUCACCGCUCAGUGUUGCCGCAUCAUCAUUUUGGGGGGGGGGUUCUUUAUUUCUUUUUAAUACAUUGUGAAGAGUUUCAACAAAAACAGAUUUCAUGGGCGUCCGGGUGGCGUAGCGGUCUAUUCCGUUGCCUACCAACACGGGGAUCGCCGGUUCGAAUCCCCGCGUUACCUCCGGCUUGGUCGGGCGUCCCUACAGACACAAUUGGCCGUGUCUGCGGGUGGAAAGCCGGAUGUGGGUAUGUGUCUUGGUCACUGCACUAGCGCCUCCUCUGGUCGGUCGGGACGCCUGUUCGGGGAGGAGGGGGAACUGGGGGGGAAUAGCGUGAUCCUCCCACGCGCUACGUCCCUCUGGUGAAACUCCUCACUGUCGGGUGGAAAGAAGCGGCUGGCGACUCCACAUGUAUGGGAGGAGGCAUGUGGUAGUCUGCAGCCCUCCCCGGGUCGGCAGAGGGGGUGGAGCAGCGACCAGGACGGCUCGGAAGAGUGGGGUAGUUGGCCAGAUACAACUGGGCAGAAAAGGUGGGGGGGCAGAUUUCAUUUAAGGAGCGAAAGAUUCCACUGAUAAGGGCUGUGGAGAACAUGUACUAUUAAUGUGCUUGCAAGUAUUCAUGUAUGAAGUAUUGAGGCAUUCAGUAACUGGCUCUUGAGUUACCUUGUAGUGAACCGGCGAUAGGCAGCAGGGUCUUGUUGUUCUGUACCUGCUGACUAGUUCGUGGACUCCAUCCUGUUACCUUGGCGUAUUGUAAAUCCAAAGGGAACAAGGUUGUCAUCAUGUAAGGAAAAUCUUAGUUGAAUUAUAGGAUUUUACCCAAAACAAAUGUGAUAUAUAAAUCCUUAAAGAAGCUGCUUCUUCUGCAUCCAUGUCCCUUCUCGAAUACUUCCACACUCUGUUGAAUCACGCCGAGUAAAGAUGGUGUCCUCCGUGCAGCAGUAUCAUCAUGGACAGUAGUCAUGGAAUCAGUCUUACAAUCACUUAGAAGCAGCAGAUGCACUAAAACGCUUUGCAAACCAAAUAACUGACUAAUAGUCAAAGCGAGGCUACUUGAUAAAGACAACCAGCCUAAUUCAACACACUAACAGAGUACCAACAGGGUACUAAGAGAGUACUAAGAGAGUACUUCAGUGUUCUCUGUUUACCGCUGCUGGCUAAAAUCCUUGUAAGUCCCACUUUCCAUGUCUGUGUAUUUGUUCUCGUUCUGAUUUGAAAUGAAGUUCAAGGUCCCAUAUACUAAGCUGGGAGUGAUUUCCGCUUCCGGUUCCGCCUCCGUCACAUCAGGACACGGCUGUCAAUUAGAAAACAAGCCUUUUCCCCUGUAUCAGUGAACAACAGGUCUUUCUCUGCAGACGUGUGCUCUGUCCUCUGACAACAGUGCUGCUGAACAGCUGAGCGGACAUGAAGGGUUGUGAUGCACUUUGUUAUAAAGCCAAACCUCCGUGGCUAAAAGCUAACUUGACGCGCUAGCUUAAACGCUCUGUAACCAGCUCGGUGGCUCGAUGCCCACGUGGCGUCUGUGUUUCUCUGACGCCUCGCGUUUUCCCCGUGUCCCUUGUCAUCCUCCUCCUCCUCCUCCUCUCAAUGUUGCCCCCCUCCUCCUCCUCUCAGUGUUGUCAUCCUCCUCCUCCUCCUCUCAGUGUUGAUUCUUCCUUCGUGUUUUAAAUUUCCCGUCGAUGUUUCCACCGUAUUUAUUGAUCUGUGAAUUUUCUCUUUUGAAUAAAUGCCGAACUUC